AUGCGGCUCCAGCUGCUGCGGCGGGAGCGGGGCGCACCUGCCCGCCUCUUCCAGAGGCACUUAAUCCGCCGGGGUCGGGGUUCAGGGGUGGGGGUGGGGGGCUGCGCUAAGCCUCUUUGGCUCCUGCACAGCGCUCGCACUGAAGCCGGUGACACCGCGUCCCCGAGGGAGACGAGGGCCCGUCGGCAGGGACAGAGGCGCCCUGCGCAGGAGGAGGCCGGGCCUCCGUUGUCCUGCGCAAAGUGCGCGCGGGGGCACCAGGCCCGCGGUCCAGGAGUGCAGCAGCCCCCGUGCCGUCACCCCAGGUCCCUGUCUCCCCGGGACCCGCUCCAGCGUCUCCACUCCCUGACCCCGCUGGUCCAAGCCGGACCUCACUCCACCAGCACUGGGGCUUUGCUUGUUGGGUUGUGGAAGGGAUGGGCCCGAGCCGUGGUCACUGGACAAGAGCCCUGCACGCCAGGGCCGUCCGUCCACCUGCCCGACUUCCUCUCCAUCCGGCAUGUGGGGAGGGCCGACGGGGACACCGGCUGGAUGGGUGCUGGGCUGGCCGGAGCUGGAACCAAGGCUGAGAAGACCCGGCAGCUUUCUGUGCCUGGCGACCCCUGGCACUGGUGCCAGGACCCCGGAGUACUGGGAGUCACCAGUGUCCUGGAAGAGUUCCUGCUGGGGUCUUGCGAGGUGGGUCUGGAGCAAAGCCCUAAGCUUCUCCACCACCCUGUCCCCCCAGACCCUCGGCUCCCAGAAGGCGGGGAGCACAGCAAACUGUGGAAGACAGCACAGGAAGGAGGUGGGGACGCUGACUGUCGCAGGACAGGCUUCGUGGACGGAGGUUGCUGGGCACGGCCAUGGCCCGGCUGCGGUGUGACCCGCGGCAGCGAGCGAGGCAGUGGUUUGGCAGUGGAGCUGGCGUUGGGCCCGCGUGGUGGGGGGCACGGCGUGGGCAGCCUGAGGGGGCCCCCGGGGCACCUGGGUCUCCUCUUCCAACUUGGCCUGCAGACACGGCCGUCCAGUGUCCCUCCUUUUCCUGUAAAACUGGACGGAGCAGGCCUUUGGGGAGCAGCGCCCGCGUCCUCCUGGGGACGCUGCGAGGCUGGCUCUUGGCCAAGUGCACAGAACAUCCCUCCUUUCAUCGGGAAUGUGAGGAAACCGAGGGCCCUGCCGGAUGCACUGAGAGCCGUGGCCUUGGGGGCUGGCUCUGCUCCGGGAGGCAUGUCUGCUGCAGCGUCCGGGGUCGUGGGGACCUUGCAGGAGACGUGGGAGAACGCACUGGGCUGGUUUCUCCCCAACCUCGCUCCUCCCGAGUGUGGACUGCACUCCAUUUUGGAGUCACUGCUGGUGUGUCUGUUGAUCUCAUGCAUGACCGACCCCCUCCUGCAGCGCAUCCUUUCUGAGAGGACAGUGAGUGCUGGAAGUAAAAUCAAGCAUGUUCUCCGGGAAGCCUGUUUCCACGUGGAGGCGAAGCUGGAGACUCUCGUGGACGGGCUAUGCUCGGCCCGUCUGUUCAGAAUGGCUGGCGGCCUGACCAGCUCAGAACCCGGCACCAUCACUGCUGACCUGAGCGACGCUGCAGACUUUGCCCCGGGCCCACAGGGAAAGCUGCACUGCCGUGGCUGUGCACAGCGGCUCCCGCCCCCCACCGGCCGUCCUGGGGACCCCUGCCUGGGGAGCUCUGCACAGAGGCCUCAGGGAGGGAUUAAAGGGCAAGGAGGAGGAGAGCCCUCUGCUCCCCUCAGAGGCUCGGAUGGAGUGGCGGUAGACGGCCUGCAUCCUGUGCAAACGGACAAUUACACUGAGCUGCUUUCAAAGGGCGCGGAGUUCCAGGGAGAUGUUUCUACCUCUGAGAACCGUCCUGUGGUCUCCCUGCUUCCUCCUCACGCCUGGCCCAGGCAGAGAAGGGCUGGGAGAGACCUGCUGCCCGUGCCCACCAGCCGCCGGUGUGUGACUCCCCUGGGCGUGGGUUCUGCUCCCCAGGUCCCGGUGAGGACGUGCCCGCCCUUCCUGCUUCGCAGGCCCAGGUGGAGCCACCUGAAGGUGCCUGUGGAGCUGCGGCUGGGCAGCCAGAAGGAAGGUCCACCAGGGUUUGGAGAGGAAGGGGGCCCUGCUCUUUUGGUGAGCAGGAUCAAGGCUGUGCCUUUUACACCCAGCUCCAAAACUUUAGGGUGGUUGCUCUCAGGUGUUGGGGAGGGAGGGCAGGCCUGCACCUCCCGCUUCCGUCCCUACUGUGAUGCUCAGCAACUUUGGCGAAGAGGCGCUGAAACCGCUGUGAGGCUGUCUCUGCCGAUUAUUGACGGGUUGGGAGCCUCUGAGGAAGGAGAGAGGCUCCGGGGCGUUCACGUUCGGCCUGAGUCCUCAGAAUGUGACACGGCCCGUGAUUCUGCUGUCCUCUGCUGGGUGUGGUGGCGGGUGGCCUUCCAGACAGCGAGGUCCUUCCAGCGUCCUGCUCACGUCCGCACUGGGGCCUCACCCUCCAACCCCUCUGACUCCCCAGGCACAGCCCUCACCUGGGGUCUGUGUGCAGAGUCCUUUGAUUUCAGCAUCGCAGUCUCUAUGGAGGGGAGGGUCCUUAGACCACCAAUCAGCCUGUCUGUGAGGUGCCUGAGGAUCAGUGGGACGUCGGUGAUGCAUGGGUGA